AUGGAUGGAAUGCCAAGCCACGUCACUUUCAUCAUUAUCAACGAUCGAGCCCUCCAAUGCUCCAUAAUCAAACCGGACACAAUAUUCAAAGAUAGCGUGCAAGACACUUUGGCCCGUUUCCCGUUAUGUGUACAUACGUUACACUUUGUCAAAACCAUUACAAUGAUGCAAGUUGAUGGAUGCCCCCGAGAUCUCGAUGCACAGCUGGAAACAUAUGGAAUGAUUGUCGCCGUUGCGUCCAUUACAAUAAUCACAGCAGGAGGAUUUUUGGCCGUAACUUAUCUCAAGAACAGUUCUCCCACAGGGGCCCUCGAUUACCUCCUCGCCCUGAAACCUGAAACAGGCUCAUAUGGUGGAUAUGUUUUCCAUCGCGCCUCAUACCCAGACCCAGGCGCCAGUCAAACGCUGUAA